CAACGGGUGACUGAGCUAGAGUGUGUGAGCAGCCAAGCCAAUGCAGUCCACACACAUAAAACAGAAUUAAACCAGACAAUACAGGAGUUGGAGGCUACACUGAAGAAAAAAGAAGAGGAAAUUGAAGGAUUGAAGCAAGAAAUUGAAAAUGCCAGAGAGCUCCAGGCACAAAGGGAUUCUCUGACCCAGAAGUUACAGGAAGUAGAAAUUCGAAACAAAGACCUGGAAGGCCAGCUGGCUGAUCUAGAGCAACGUCUGGAGAAAAGUCAGAAUGAGCAAGAAGCUUUUCGCAAUAACUUGAAGACACUUUUAGAAAUUCUUGAUGGAAAAAUAUUUGAACUAACAGAGUUACGAGAUAACUUGGCUAAGCUAAUAGAAUGCAGUUAAAAGAAAAUGGGAUUUCAGUGCCAAUCAGCUUAAAGAUGCACUGUCUCUCUUCAUAGGACUGUGUUGGGCUCUGCAUCAAAGUUGCACAAAAUUAGAAAAUGCUCCUCUGAGAGGGAUUGUUUUAAAUUUGAGUUGUAUUUCAAUAUAAAAUUUAGAACUCAGCUUGUAGCUAGUUGAAGAAAAAACAAACAAACAAAAAAACCCACUUGAAUUACAAAUUACCUCCUUGUACAUCAUUGGCCACACUUGAAAGAUAUUAACAGUAAUUGAAUGCAAUCCUUUUCUAAUGAUCAGUGAUGGAAGAAUUAGCAGUGUCCCAGGCCACGUCCCCUUUUUGUGACAGAUACAGCAUAGGUUAUCUGCUGUUUUAUUUAUUUGAGACAUUUAAUUGCCGUGUUUUGUGCAAGAAUUUAGUGAUGGCAGCCCUGCAUUUUGUUGUUCAUAAUAAUUUCUCAGGAUACGUUGCACUGUGGAGAAGCAGUGCCAGUACCAAUUUAUUAUUGCCAGGAACGAGAGAGAGUUGCAUCUUUAAUUGAAAAUGAAGUUACUAUAACUGCUUGUAUAAAGUUCUUCAUUUUUGGUUUUUUUUUUUGGUUGGUUGGUUGGUUGUUUUUUGGGUUUUUAAAUAGAUAUAUAUAUACUGGAAGAUACCGUAUUUCUUUAUGGAGCUUACUCUGGUGUUCUACAAUAUUGUCCGAUGUAAGGUUUACUUUUCCAUAUGAAUUCCAUGUAAUUAC